GCCAUUGACUUGUCUACACUUACCUAAUUCCAUACUAAACUAGCUCCUGUUCUUGCAACAUUUGUGUACACAACAACCGUCUCUUCCCUUGGUUCAGUUCCGAGCGUUUCACGAUUUCGUUCAUCUGGUUCUCUCCCGCUCUGCUCGGUUGAAUCUGAAGGAUGAGUAACAGGAGAACCUGGCAGUUUCUUCCGGCUCUAGCAGUUUUGCUGCCGUGUCUGGUUUGGAUUUCUCACGGAUAUACUCCUCCGGACAGUUACCUCAUAGACUGUGGAUCACAGACCAAUACCACAGUCGGCGGUCGGAUUUUCCUAGCCGAUCAAUCAGCCUCGAACUUCCUCUCUACCCCACAGAAUGUCCUGGCUGAAACCUCGAACUCUGUCCCUUCAUCCGAAUACUCUCAGCUCUACCAAACCGCCAGAAUCUUCACUGGCACCACAAAGUACACCUUCUUUAUCUCCCGGACUGGGAGGCACUGGAUCCGGCUCUAUCUCAACCCAUUCCCUUAUGAUGGUUUCGAUAUGAGCACGAUGAAAUUUGCGGUGUUGGUUCAAGACUCUGUUCUUCUGAAUGAUUUCAGUGUCAGCAGUGCCAUUAUGAGGGAAUUUUCCGUAAACGUGACCUCGGGCACCUUUGUCAUUACAAUCAUGCCCUCUACUGGGUCGUUUGCUUUCCUGAAUGCACUAGAAGUGGUAUCCAUGCCCGACGAGAUUAUAGUAGAUGAAGCGGGAACUCUUCCCCCUGGAAAGUUUGGGGGCCUAACAGGCCAGACCCUGGAGACAGUCUGGAGGGUGAACAUGGGCGGGCCCCUAGUCUCAUUCCGGAAUGACACGCUAUUCCGGACUUGGGUCCCCGACAGCCCAUUCCUGAUUAACAGUAACCUGGCGAAAAACUUCUCAAACAUAGGAGCCGUCAAGUAUGUUCCUGGAAUGGCAACACAAGACAUUGCACCCAGAUCAGUGUAUGGCACCGUAGCAGAGAUGAAUACACAGGGCAGUCUCAAUAACAACAUCAAUGUUACGUGGGAGUUUACCAUCGAUGUGGGGGCCAGGCACCUUGUUCGGUUCCAUCUAUGUGACAUUGUGAGCAAAUCUCUUAACCUUCUAUACUUCAGUGUCUAUAUCGACUCAUCAGUUGUUGCUCCUGACCUCGAUUUGAGUAGAAUCUCAUCCAACACUUUGGCUGCGGCCUAUUACUUUGAUAUAGUAACCCCAGUGUCAGAGAGCAAUAAGAUCCUAGUCAAAGUUGGGCCAUCUAAACGGUUUGCAAGUAACCAGAAUGCGAUUCUUAAUGGGCUGGAAAUCAUGAAGCUGACCGAUGGCAAUGGAGCUCCUUCAAGUUCGAGCUCGGGAAAGAGUGUUUUCUUAAUUGCUGGUGUCAGUGGAGGAGUGUUUGUUGCAUUAGUACUUUUUGUAGGGAUCGGAUAUCUGCUUUGCCUGAGGAGGAGCCAAAGGAGAACUGCAAAUUCAGAACUGUCAAAGUCGUGGAUUCCUUUAUCGACUGAAGGGGGGACGCCCUCUCGUUCUAUGGGAAGCAAGUACUCUAAUGGAACGGUGACAACUGCUAGUCCCGCCCACUAUUUUGGGUACCGAUUCCCAUUUAUAGCCAUUCAGGAAGCAACAAAAAAUUUCGGCGAGAGUGAGAUCAUUGGGAUCGGCGGGUUUGGGAAAGUCUACAAGGGAUCCUUGAGCGAUGGGACAAGAGUGGCUGUUAAGAGAGGGAAUUCCCGGUCCCAGCAGGGCCUUGCAGAGUUUCGGACUGAGAUCGAGAUGCUCUCACAGUUCCGCCACCGGCAUCUGGUCUCUUUGAUUGGUUAUUGUGAUGAAAAUAACGAGAUGAUCUUGAUUUACGAGUACAUGGAGAAUGGGACCCUGAAGAGCCGGCUAUAUGGCCAUGAGCUUCCUAGCCUGGGUUGGAAGGAGCGGCUUGAGAUCUGCAUUGGGGCGGCCCGUGGGCUCCACUACCUCCACACUAGCCAUGCAAAGGCCGUGAUCCACCGUGACGUGAAGUCUGCAAACAUCUUGCUAGACGAGAACCUCAUGGCAAAGAUGGCUGAUUUCGGGCUCUCCAAGGCAGGGCCGGACUUAGACCAGACCCAUGUGACCACUGCUGUAAAGGGGAGCUUUGGGUACUUAGACCCGGAAUAUUUCCGGAGGCAGCAGCUAACUGAGAAGUCUGAUGUUUAUUCCUUUGGGGUAGUCCUAUUUGAGGUUCUAUGUGCAAGGCCCGUUAUCGAUCCGUCCCUCCCUAGGGACAUGGUGAACUUGGCAGAAUGGGCAAUGAUGUGGCAGAAGAAGGGGCAACUGGAGCAAAUCAUAGACCCCGCCCUUGCAGGGAAGAUUAAGGCAAUUUCUCUUCGGAAGUUCGGGGAAACAGCUGAGAAAUGUUUGGCUGACUUCGGGGUCGACAGGCCCUCCAUGGCUGACGUCUUAUGGAAUCUUGAGUACGCCCUUCAGCUUCAGGAGGCAGGCAUGCAAAGGGAUAAGGAACACAGUAAUACAAUUAUGAUCAGCGAGCUAUCUUCUGAACUGAGCAGUCUGAGUCAUGUUGACAGGAUUCUUGCAGCUGCUCAGUUUGAUGCUUCAAGCGAGGGUGAAGUCUCGAUCAGCCAAGUGUUCUCACAGCUCGUGAAAUCAGAGGGAAGGUGAACUGACCAACGCUGGGGAAGUCUGUUCUUUCGGCUUUCGUUCUUCAAAAUCAUAACUGUUGAACUUACAUGCAGUAUGUACUGUUAUCCUCUUUACUUUGUGUACAUUCAUCGAAAGUUAUACUUGCUCGUUGAUGUUUCUCCAUCUAAAUGAACUGGUCUCGGUUGAUUUUGAUUGUUA